UAUACCGACAUGACGUAAGCCAUAGUGACAGUGGACUCCCAACGACCUCCCCCGCGCCCAUCAAUUUUGCACUUCCCUCCAUCUCAUUUUCUUCUCGAUAUCCUCAAUUUCCCAAUCGGAUGUGGUUUUCUUUUCUUCCUCAAUCACGUUUCCCAACCCAUCUAUCUAUCAAUUCCUCUCUGUUUCAUGAAACUGUUGCAAUUGUAGUAUACUGUACGUUUUCAUUGUGUUAGAUUAUUACUUAUCACCUAAUAAUGGGACGGACUGGAAGUUCAUCAGAAUCGCGUAAACCAUUCAAGAAGCCUGAAGAAAAUGUUCCUAAUGUCGAUGACAGUGCUCAUCAACCCACAUCAGUAGUAAGAACACAGAGGUCACUAUAUGUAUGGCUGUCCUUGCUUCUGUUUACCAUAUAUGGCUUCCGGGCCGUUUAUCAACAACAGUUUGAGAAAUUACCUAUCCCCCUUAGUGCUGAGAAGGCUGGCAAAAGAGGUUUCUCCGAGGCUGAGGCUUUGAAGCACGUUAAGGCGUUAACUUCAUUGGGUCCUCAUCCUGUUGGUUCUGAUGCACUCGAUUUCGCACUGGAGUAUGUAUUAAAAGCAGCAGAAAAAAUAAAGAAAACAGCUCAUUGGGAAGUUGAUGUUGAAGUGCAAAAAUUUCAUGCACAAUCUGGAGCAAAUCGUCUUUCUGGUGGUCUAUUUCAGGGGAAAACACUUAUGUAUUCAGAUCUAUACCAUGUUAUAUUAAGGGUGUUGCCAAAGUAUGCUGAUGAAGCUGGAGAAAAUACAAUUCUAGUCUCUUCUCACAUUGACACGGUUUUCUCAACUGAAGGAGCAGGGGAUUGUAGCUCUUGUAUUGCUGUCAUGUUAGAGCUUGCCCGAGGGAUUUCUCAGUGGGCUCAUGGAUUCAAAAGUGGUGUGAUAUUUUUAUUUAAUACUGGGGAGGAGGAGGGUCUCAAUGGUGCCCAUAGCUUUAUGACUCAGCAUCCCUGGAGUAAAACUAUUCGCUUGGCUGUUGAUUUGGAGGCCAUUGGUACUGGAGGGAAAUCUGGAAUAUUUCAGACUGGUUCAAAUCCAUGGGCUGUCGAGACCUUCGCAUCAGUUGCAAAAUACCCGUCUGCUCAAAUAGUAUCCGAGGAACUUUUUACUUCUGGAGCCAUUAAGUCUGGAACGGAUUUUCAAGUCUACAGAGAACUUGCUGGUCUGUCGGGACUUGACUUUGCGUAUGCAGACAACACUGCAGUUUAUCACACGAAGAAUGACAAGUUUGAGCUUCUAAAACCAGGAUCUCUUCAACAUCUUGGAGAAAACAUGCUUGCUUUUCUGCUGCAUGCUGCUUCUUCCUCUAAACUUCCAACAGACAAUUUAAUUAAAGGUGGUCAGAAUUCUGAUCAAGACAAAGCUGUAUAUUUUGACAUCCUGGGAACAUACAUGAUUGUGUAUCGUCAAAGAUUUGCGUCCUUGCUUCACAACUCAGUGAUCAUCCAGUCGCUUAUGAUAUGGACUACAUCUCUAGUCAUGGGUGGUUUUCCAGCUGCAGUUUCUCUGGCAUUGUCAUGUUUGAGCUUGGUUUUAAUGUGGAUAUUUUCGCUAAGUUUCUCUGCUUCUGUUGCCUUCAUUCUACCAGUAAUAUCAGCGUCACCUGUUCCCUAUGUUGCAAGUCCAUGGUUGGUCGUUGGGUUAUUUGUUGCUCCUGCCUUUCUUGGAGCAUUGGCUGGUCAAUACGUUGGUUUUCUAAUCCUUCAGACCUAUUUAUCUAAUGUAUAUUCCAAAAGAGAGCAGCUGUUGCCCGCUAUCCGUGCAGAACUGAUCAGGUUAGAGGCUGAAAGAUGGCUCUUUAAAGCAGGAUCUUUUCAGUGGCUCAUUUUUCUGAUAAUAGGCAACUACUAUAAAAUUGGAUCAUCCUAUUUAGCUCUUGUUUGGUUAGUUUCUCCAGCAUUUGCAUAUGGCUUGCUUGAAGCAACUUUAACCCCUGCAAGAUUUCCAAAGCCUCUCAAACUUGCAACACUGUUGAUAGGCUUAACUGUGCCACUUUUAGUCUCAGCUGGUACUAUUAUUCGUUUGGCUAGCAGUCUCAUUGGAAGUGCAGUUCGAUUUGAUAGGAAUCCAGGUAGCACUCCUGACUGGCUGGGGAGCGUGAUAGUUGCUGUUUUUGUUGCUAUCAUCUUGUGUCUGACCUCCGUCUAUUUAUUGUCAUAUCUUCAUCUCUCAGAUGCAAAAAGAUCAAUAAUAUUCGCAACAUGCAUUCUAUUUGGCUUUUCACUUGCUGCUGUGGCAUUUGGCAUUGUCCCUCCUUUUACCGAUCUCACAGCCAGAACUGUAAAUGUUGUCCAUGUUGUAGAUACAACAGAAAAAUAUGGUGGAGAGCGAGAUCCUGUGUCAUAUGUAUCACUAUUCUCUACAACUCCUGGAAAGUUGACCAGGGAGAUUGAACAUAUCAAUGAGGGGUUCACAUGUGGUAGAGACAAACCUAUUGAUUACGUUACCUUCUCUGUUAACUAUGGUUGUUGGACCCAUGAAGAUGGUGAAGAUGGGUGGGACAUGUCUGAUAUUCCCUCGCUGCUCGUGGAUAGCAACGUUAGCAACAAUGGAAGAAUUACAAAUAUUUUGAUUGAUACAAAGGGUUCUACACGAUGGUCUCUUGGUAUCAACACUGAUGAAAUCGAAGAUUUCAAGUUUAAAGGCGAAGAGGAACUCGUUCCAACUGGCGAUAAGAGCAGUGUAGAUGGGUGGCAUACUAUUCAAUUUUCAGGAGGAAAGGAUUCACCCACAAGUUUUGCUCUAACACUGUUCUGGAAAAAGAACUCAACAAGAUCGGUAAAGGGUAACAAGGUUCCUCCUCCACUCCUAAAGCUGCGAACUGAUUUCAACAGAUUGACCCCAAAAGCCGAAAGAGUAAUAUCAAAGCUUCCUUCUUGGUGCUCCCUAUUUGGCAAGUCUACUUCUCCCUACACCUUGGCCUUUUUGACUGCUCUUCCUGUUAAUAUCUAGAACCUUGAAAGAUAUCUUUCAAAAAAGGAAAGUUGGUUUACUUUUUUCAUAUUUUAUGGUACAUAGUACAUUCAUACUUACCUCAAGGAUAGUGGGUCUCAUCCAUUGCUCUGAUGUUAGUUUAAAUAAAUUAAAUUGUUUAUCAUGAUUA